AUGAUGACCAGCAUCCAGGGAUUCAGUACCGUUUACGAGAAUGUCGGUUUGUAUCGCUUCUAUCUUCUUUUUCGCCCGAUCGUCGUGCUGACAGCCCCGGAGACAGCGGAACAGAUACUCAAGGAUAGUUCGAAUAUCGAGAAAGGUUGCUUCUACGACUUGCUUCGGCCUUGGUUGCGCACCGGUCUCCUCACAAGCUCAGGACCCAAGUGGCGGUCGCGCCGCAAGUUACUGACGCCGGCUUUUCACUUUCGGAUCCUGGAGGACUUCAUGGUCAUAUUCAAUGAACAAUCGAUGUUGAUGGCCGACCUUCUGGCGAGAGACUGCGGGGCCAAACCAAUCGAGAUCAGCAAACGGGUGACGAAGUGCACUCUGGACAUCAUUUGUGAGACUGCAAUGGGAGUGGAGAUUAAGGCUCAGGAGAACUCGAAUUCGUCGUACGUACGAGCCGUCUAUUCCUUGGGCGCGUCAUUCUCCCAACGCUGCAUCCGUCCGUGGCAAUGGCUGUCUUCAAUAUAUCCCUUGACCCCAGAAGGCCGGAAAUAUCAGAAGGAUCUAGCUACCCUUCACGCCUUCACGGAGGAAGUCAUCAACGAGCGGAAAAAACAUCGAGGAGAGUUCCUUGUUACUGAAGGACCCCGAACUGCCGAUGACUGUGUCAUCGGAAUCAAACGUCGACGAGCAUUCCUCGACCUCUUGCUGGCUCGACAUUCAGAAAACGGAGAACUGAGUCUCCUAGACAUCCAAGAGGAGGUGGAUACCUUCAUGUUCGAAGGCCACGAUACUACGGCGAUGGGCAUAUCUUGGUGUUUGUAUCUGAUCGGCCAGGACCUAGACGUGCAGAGAAAAAUCCACGAAGAGCUCGACUCGGUUUUCGGAUUUGAUCGUCAUCGAUUCGCGACAUCUAAUGACUUGAGCCGUCUAAAGUAUCUCGAAUGCUGUCUGAAAGAAGCACAACGGUUGUUCCCUUCCGUUCCGUUCAUUGCGCGGGAACUGCAGCGGGACAUCCACAUAGGACAGUACACCAUACCACGGGGCACAACGUGCUUGGUGAACAUUUUCCACAUUCAUCGCAAUAAGAAACAUUUCCCCAAUCCGGAGAUGUUCGAUCCCGAUCGCUUCCAUCCUGAGAAUAGCGUCGCUCGCCACCCGUACGCUUUCAUCCCUUUCUCGGCCGGAUCGAGAAACUGUAUCGGACAGAAGUUCGCUCAACUAGAAGAGAAAGUGAUCCUCGCAAACCUACUACGACGCUUCGAGAUACGAUCGAUGCUUCCGAGAGAUAAACUGCUCCUUGUCGGUGAAAUGGUCGUGCGUUCUCACAACGGACUGAUGGUAAGAAUACGGGAGCGUUGA